GCCGCAAGCCAGCAAGCCCGAAUCACUCCAUUAUCACAAAAUUCCGACAUUCCAAUGUCGUCUUCAUUCCAAACAGCUUUGCUAAAUGAAUUGUCUCGAUUGCCUCAGGAAGGUGGAGGAAUCUACCGGGUGUACCAUUUCGCUACAAAACCUGUGAUAUGUAAAUAUCCAAUAGAGCUUAGUGGUGGCGGCACGUUCAGCCAAUCUAGCAUGAUUCACCGACUGAUUCUCAUUGCCCACGGGAGCACUAAUCUGGAAUCACCUGCCUUUGUCUGUGGCAUGGAGGUUAUGGAAUACAAGGAAAAGUCAACAGAUCAUGAACCUUCGUUGGUGUAUAUUUCAAAAGUUGACACGUCUGGUUACAAGGCGCCUGCUCCAAUUACCUCGCUUAUGGUAAAAACAUAUCUUUCAACUCAUUCGAAUUGCACUACCCACAUAUUUGCGCGAGCACAACCACAAUACCUAUUCCACAGAUCCGUGGAAAAUCCCUCCAAACAUGCACAAUCAGAUCGAGGACUCAUUGCAUGGUGGCUACGGGUGAUCACAGAUACAUCUUUUUUGACAAAGCUGGACGCGUGGUGGUGUAUCCCAGGAGUGGAUGACCAGGAAAGUGCCAAAAGAGAAACGCGUGUGACACAGGAUCUUAAAUUAGGUCAAGUGAACUGGCAUUAUGGAUAUUCAUACGACGAUAACGCCGAUCCGAAGGCUGUCAUACCCAAGUUUCCCGAUGACGCUAAAGCUAGGCUCUUAAAAUCCUACGCUAAUUAUGACAGCAAGGAUGAUUCUGACGAGGAAGAGGACGAUGAUGAGGAUGAUGCCGAGGAAGGUGGUGAAGGAGACGAUGGCAAGGAUGAAAAUGACACAAAGGGAGACGAAACACCAUCUUCUCCUAUGAAUAACAAUGAUGCAAGUAGCGAUGACGAAAGUGAUGAAGGAUCAACAAAGCAAGCCGCCUCAAAUCCCGGAAAGAUUAAAGACAUUUUGGCUGACGAAUCCCAUUCAAUGACUGUUCGUGAAUUCUGGGAGCUGCUAUCCAUUGGAGAAGAGUGUGGAUCGGGAAAGCUGACGGGAUUUUUCGUCAUAAAAGGAGACCCUGCAGCAAAGGAAAGCGGGGAAUUCAAGGAGCUCGCACAAACACUCUCGAAAGAUCAAUUUACUGUUAUUUGGAACCACUUGAUGGCAUGCGAGUUUACAUCUGACGAGAGUAAUCGCACUUCAACAGCCAAAUUCACAGCACAGAUCAAUGAAUGUCUCCAAUUAGAAUCGGGAUAUUUACCCAUUGAAGCUACCCCUUCCGGGGAGUCUAACGCAGAGAUUAACAAGCCAAAACGCCCGCUGCAACAAGAAAAACCAUCCGCUCCAACGGUCAAUGUAUUGGGUGGUAGUUUCAUUAAACGAAGAAAGACAUAGAUUUGUACAUUGUUAUAUGAGUAAAGUAAAAGCGAGCACUAUUAGACUUGAGGUUGAUCUUCAAAUACAAUGAAAUUUUCCAUUUCACGUCGAGUCUGUUGUUCCCGCAACAGAUUGUACACCCU